AAUGGGAAGUGGAUUCUGCAAAUCUUCUGUAGAUGGGAAUUUAAAAUAUGGGAAAUUUACAGAAAAUAACCUAAAUAAUUAUUCAUCUGGAAAUGGAACAUCUCAUCACUUAAUUUCCAUUGGAAACACAAACAAUCAGCCUGGUCUUGAAAACAAAUCUGACACGGAAGCGUCUCCGUUGGAAAAAACGACCCAAGAAGACUUUCAGUAUGAUAUAGUCGUCAUUGGGGGAGGGUCAGGAGGUCUUGCAUGUGCAAAGGAAGCAGCCACUUUCUCUGCCAGAGUUGCUUGCCUAGAUUUCGUUGAUCCCUCUCCUAGAGGAUCAGUUUGGGGACUUGGUGGGACAUGUGUAAAUGUUGGUUGUAUUCCCAAAAAAUUAAUGCACACAGCGGCUUUAUUGAAAGAUAAAGUUAAGGAUUCUGAGAAAUUUGGUUGGUUGUUCGAAAAUGGUUCUAUCACUGGUCACGAUUGGAAAAUUUUAAGACAAAGUGUUCAAAAUUACGUUUCCUCUUUAAAUUGGGGAUAUAAAAAGGCGCUAAAAGACAAGGGAGUCAAAUACAUAAAUGCUAAAGCAACUUUUAUUGACAAACAUACAAUUGAAGCGACGAAAAAAAAUGGAAACAAGGAAAAAAUUACGUCGAAAAAGUUUGUUUUAGCAACAGGAGGGAGACCAACCUAUCCAGACUUCCCUGGAAAUGAAUUUUGCAUUACUAGCGAUGAUCUCUUUUCUCUAAAGAAAUGUCCUGGAAAAACUCUGGUAAUCGGAGGUUCGUACGUGGCUUUGGAGUGUGCAGGAUUUUUAGCUGGUCUGGGCUUAGACGUCACUAUUUAUAUAAGAUCCAUACUAUUGAGAGGUUUCGACCAACAGAUGGCCGAGCUGAUAGGUGCCUACAUGAAAAAUCACGGUGUGAAAUUUCGACGACCAUGCAUACCCAAAAAAGUGGAACAAUUAAAAGAUGGAAAUUUAAAGGUUUUUGCAUUUAGUGAAGAUGAAGAAAUUAUAGAAACCUUUGAGACUGUAUUUGUCGCUGUUGGAAGAGCCCCCUGCACAUCAAAUAUAGGUUUAGAAAAAGCAAAUGUCCGCCUUCAACCUAAAACAGGCCAUGUUUUGGUUGACAAUAGGGAGCAAACUAAUGUAGAAAGCAUCUAUGCCAUAGGCGAUAUAUGCUACAAUAAACCCGAACUAACUCCAGUAGCCAUUCAGGCAGGUAAAAUGCUGGCUCGACGUCUCUUUGCAAAUUCUAAAGAAGUUGUAGAUUAUGAUAAUGUACCUACUACGGUUUUUGCACCACUUGAAUACGGAUGCAUAGGGCUUGCUGAAGAGGACGCAAUAGUAAAAUUUGGGGAAGAUGAUAUCGAAGUCUAUCAUCAAUAUUUUGAACCUUUAGAGUGGACGGUUGCAGAGAGAGAUAAGAAAUAUUGCUAUGCCAAACUGAUAUGCCAAAAAUCAAAAAACCAAAAGGUCGUAGGGUUACAUAUAACAGGACCAAACGCAGGUGAGGUUACUCAAGGGUGGACGAUUGGUAUGAGAAUGGGAGCAACGAAAACAGACUUUGAAGAGACGUUAGGUAUACAUCCUACAUGCUCUGAAGUGUUCACAACCUUAUAUAUAACAAAAAGAUCCGAAAAGAAUCCUGCAGUAACAGGUUGUUGA